AUGAGUAAGCCAAAGAGCGUCGUCAUUGUAGGCGCCGGUACUGGUGGAAUCGCAAGUGCUGCUCGACUUGCCAAGGCAGGCUUUCGAGUCACUGUUGUCGAGAAGAACGAUCAUACGGGUGGGCGGUGCAGUCUAAUACGCGAUGAUGGCCAUCGUUUCGAUCAAGGUCCCUCCCUCCUUCUCCUUCCAGAUCUCUUUCGAGAAGCUUUCAUCGAUCUCGAUACCACUCUCGAGGCCGAAGGCGUUGAAUUGGUCAAAUGUGAGCCCAAUUACAAUGUAUGGUUCGGAGAUGGGGAAUGCAUCGAGCUUUCAACCGACGUUGCCAAAAUGAAGACCACCAUAGAACGAUGGGAAGGAAAAGAAGGCUUCGAGAGAUAUCUGGCAUGGAUGCAAGAAGCCCACGUUCAUUACGAAGCCAGUGUCGUUCACGUACUCCGUAAAAACUUCUCAACCAUCUGGGCUAUGGCCCGCCCCAGCUUUUUGCCGUACCUACCCGCACUUCAUCCGUUCGAGAGUAUCUGGAAUCGGGCAGCCCGGUAUUUCCGGACAGAACGGCUGCGACGGGCCUUCACCUUUGGUAGCAUGUAUAUGGGCAUGAGCCCAUUCGAUGCGCCUGGGACAUACAGCCUUCUACAGUAUACCGAGCUGGCAGAAGGUAUUUGGUAUCCCAAAGGUGGAUUUCACGUUGUUUUGGACGCCUUGGUCCGAGUUGGUGAGCGAUUCGGAGUGGAAUACCGUCUCUCAACACCAGUUGCACAUGUCAACGUUGACGGCUAUUCUAAACGCGCCACCGGCGUAACUUUGGCUUCUGGCGAGGUUCUGAAUGCCGAUAUCGUUCUCGUGAACGCCGAUCUUGUCUACGCAUACAAUGAGCUUUUGCCGUCCUCGCCUCAAGCCUCCUCUCUGUCCCAAAAGCCAGCUUCAUGCUCAAGCAUCUCGUUCUACUGGUCAAUGGACAAGGUCAUACCAGAACUGCAUACGCACAAUGUAUUCCUUGCGGAUGAUUACAAAGACAGCUUCGAUGACAUCUUCAAGCGACAACUCAUACCCAAAGAGCCUUCCUUUUAUGUCAAUGUGCCUUCAAGGGUUGACCCUACAGCGGCUCCAACCGGAAAAGACAGCGUUGUCGUACUGGUACCCUGUGGACAUCUGCUGGAAGGUGGAGCCGACCGCGGAUUGAACCCUCAGAAUGCUCAAGACUGGCAAGCAAUGGUUUCCAAGGCUCGCAAUGCAGUGUUCGACACAGUACGAGUCAGGACUGGUGCUGACCUCCAGGCUCAUAUUACUAACGAGAUUAUCAAUACUCCCGCCUCGUGGAAAGAAAGGUUCAACCUUGAUAAGGGUGCUAUCCUAGGACUGAGCCACUCAUUCUUCAAUGUCCUGAGUUUCAGACCUGGGACGAAGCAUAGCGAUAUCAAGAGCCUUUAUUUCGUUGGCGCUAGCACUCAUCCUGGGACCGGUGUGCCAAUCGUGCUUGCAGGCAGCAAGAUUACUACCGGCCAAAUUCUUGAUGAUCUCGGUAUGGUCAAGCCAUGGUCACCUGGCACACAUACCCGAAAGAUGGUCAGUUCGCUCGACAAGGAAGGCAAAGUGCCUCUGGACUUGACCCGCAGUAUUGUUGUACUACUAGUGCUGUUCUUGUUGGCGCUAGUUCUCUACACCUCGAGGUGA